UUAUAGCUAUAGCUUCCUUGCCAUUACUUUUUUGGUGUUUGUACCUCUUCUUCAGUGGUUUUAGAUCAAGAAGCACUAUGAGCACAACUCAACGGAAGCGCCGUGGAGGAACAGGUAAUUCUAGGCAAGCUCGAAAAAGAAGCAGGCUCAUGGCUUCCACUGCUGAAAUGGCUUCAGAAGCAGAGCCAAUAGAACUUGAAGAAAGUGCUGGUGAAGAAGUAGUAGAUCUCACAUGUGAAUCUUCUGAUCCUGUAGUCGUUGAUCUAACUCACAAUGAUUCCAUUGUGAUUGUUGAAGAGAACCAACGACAGAGGAGAAAUCUGAGACUAAGAAGCCAGAGACAGGCAGACAGCUGUGUGCUGAGCAGUGAUGAUGAAGAUGAAACCAGAGAUAACGACGUGUACGUGGCUGAUAAAGCAGCUCGAGAACUGGGACCACUGGAAGAGGAAACUGCAAGUUCAAAGCCGUCUGGUACUGUUAGCUGUCCAAUUUGCAUGGAUGUCUACUCAGAGAUUGUGCAAAGUGGACGACUGAUUGUGUCAACAAAAUGUGGCCAUGUCUUCUGCAGUCAGUGCCUCCGUGAUUCCCUUAGGAAUGCCAACUCUUGCCCAACUUGCAGGAAGAAACUCACUCACAGACAGUAUCAUCCCAUUUAUAUAUGAGUACUUUUAUUUCUCAGGACAGACUCAACUGGAUUUUGGGGGAAAUGUUAUAUUUUCAGUGCUCUGAAGAUUUAAAGAGCAGCAGGUUGUGCACAAAUCCAAAUAAAACUGGUUUUUUUGGAGACCAACUUGAACAUAUCUAGACAGCUUUUUUAUGGUCCAAAUUGCUUCUUGUUAUGUUCCUGGCUAUCAUGCUACAUCAGUGACUGUCUAAACUAGAUCAUCAACCUAGACCAGGAAGGAAGCAGUUAAUCCAUUUCCUUCUACUUUUUUUAAUGCUUAAAUAAGGGAGUGUGAAUAUUUUGUUUUUUCUUACUCUGCUAAUUAUUCCUACCUUCACAUACAGGUAUGGAAUAGUUUCCUUUCAGAACACAGAUUAGCAAUUCACCAUUGCAUUAUGCUUUUUUUCAUCCUGUAAGAAGCUCAUGACUCUUGCUUUCUUGCAUAUCAUCUUUGCCCUAGUAGAGUGAGUACUGCACUGAAGGGUGGUUUUUUCAUAAAUCAGUCUUAAAUUGACAAGGUUUAUGCAAUAAAGUGACCUGCUGUUAAUCAGCAGUCAAGUGUUUUGAGCAGCAGACAUGAACAUGCAAAUGUUUUUAUGAACUCCAUGAGAUCCCAGAUACAUAGACACACUGCAGCAUGUACAAUGUGAAAAUAAUUCUUUGAUUGUUUCAGCUGCCAAGAAUUCCUGCAUUUUAAUCCCAACACUGAAUUUAUUUUCUCACACAAUGAGAUGGUCUCUUGGGUUUACUUGUGCUGUAACACUGUCCUAAUAAUUAUCAAUAAUACAGUCUUCUCUAGGCUUCCUAGUGAUGAAAGUAAAGAAGCAAAUUCAUCUGUAUGCUGAAUACCAAAAUAUCUACAGAUCUUCUUACUGUAUCAGCUGUUCCCAGUGUAAUGCUUUAAAUUCAGUGUGUUCUCUUUGCUGUUCUCACUGGUUGUUACACUGACACCUGACUGGUUGUAGCCUGGUGAAUAGCACUGAAAAUUAAAUUACUGUCCUGCCAUUUUUGAGUGGAGGCUUUAAAAAGUAUUUGGUAACAAUGUUGACAGCCAGUUAGAGAAAAGUUAAUUCUCCCUUUGCCCUGAGGGUUGUCCAGUUUUUUUGAAAUGCAGUUUUAGAAAAGAAGUCAGAUAUAUCUCCUAGAAAAGACAAUUCCUCUAGUUGAGAAGGCAGGAAUACACCAGUUUAUGCACUCUUAUCCAGUCACUUUUUCCCCAGGAGUGAGUUCUAAAUGUCUAUUUUAAACUUACAGCUAAAAUGUCCGAACUGAUCUCGAGUCCAGGGUGAGCUGAUACAAACAGGUUGAUGUGGGCAAGAUUAUUAAAAUCAGGGGGUUGUGAUCCACAGCUGUGGUAGGUGCAUCCAUGAGAACCUCCAGAAUUAA